AUGAAGUUGAUUGCGUGCAGUCUGGUAUUAUUCGUCUGGUCCAUAUGGAAUCGUCACGCAAUUUCCAAGCCAGUGAUUGGAGCUUUGGGAAGCAACGAAGCUUUCGUGUUAGAUGGAGAAGAUGUCAUACCAGGAGAAUUUCCUCAUCAACUUUUGCUGGAAAGAAGAAAUUUGAACAAGUGGGGCUUGAUCUGUGGGGCAGUUCUCAUCAGCAAUGUGUAUGCAUUGACUGCAGCUCACUGCGUUGAAAACACCGAGGUUAAGAGGCUUCGAGUUGUUGCGGGACUUCACGAUGUCACAAACAGAAAUGUUUCGCAGCAUCACCCAGAUUUCAACGAAGGUCCUGAAUUCCUAACAAAUGAUUUGGCAAUACUGACCUUAUCCGAUGGUUUGAUAGUGAAUGACUACGUACAACCGAUACAAUGGAUCAGUCAGGAGAACAUAACGCUGGAUGGUUACUCGUGCACUAUCAGUGGCUGGGGCAAAGAUGAGAGUACAAAUCACCCAGAAGUACUUCAGAAGGUUAGUAUCAGUCUGAUCAGCAACCAGAGAUGUGAUGACAUCCUAUCCAUAUUUUAUAACGUCAAAACCUAUCCAGGGCAUCUAUGUGGCUACGAACCCGUGAAAGGGUCUUGUAAGGGAGACAGCGGGGGUCCACUGACCUGUUAUUACAAAGAGAAGGCGUACUUGGCUGGGAUCACUUCGUGGAAUAUUAUGGGCGAUGGAGUCUGCAAUGCUACUUUCCCGUCGGUAUUUGCAAGAAUCAGCUAUUUCAACAAGUGGAUCGUAGAAAACACGCCUUAG